AUGCGGCUCGUGGCGCUAAGGACGGCCCCAUCGCUGCGUCGCUCUCACCAACUUCUUGCGAGGAGGUAUGUGACUGGUGAGAGUCACAUGCUGGGUCCCGCGCCUCUGGCGACGGACGCUGCUGAGUGGAACUCACCGUUUCUUUUGUCUCUGCUGGACCCUCCGGUGACGGUGGCUCUUCCUGACGCCGCCCGCACGUACUCCACGAUGGACGUUGUGGAGCCGCCGGCGCGGUAUGAUCCGCGAUCCCCGAACGUCCACCCCGCACCUAAGGAAUCCGAGCAUGGGGCGGAGGCGGACGGGCCUGUGGAGCGCGCGCACCGUGCGGGAAAGCUAUGGACGGUCUUUGCUGCCACCAAAGGGAACGACCCCCCGGGGUGGUUUUAUAGGCUUUGCGAGGACUUGUAUUACCGGCGCCACAGCGAGGAUGAGAUGGAUGCCACGGCCUUGGCCAGCGAUGUGGCUUCUCGGUACCACAACCCUGCUCCGGACGCCUGGAGUGCGGACCAAAAGGCGGGAAAGGGUAAUAGCAACAAUAACGACACCGGUGACAACGGCGAGGAGGAGGAAGGUGUCGAUCCGUACCUCUGGCUACCGUUUGAUUUACUGAGCGAGGUGGAAUACCGUGUUGGUCCUUACGUGUUUCCCAGUACCGCCACAUAUACGCAUGAACAGAAGACGCUGUUGUGCCUGGGAAACACACGCAAAGAAUACGUGCACUUCUGCAGCACAUAUCCCUUCCCUGAGCGUGUACAGAUUCCAACCUCUGUGGGAACGCGGCCCGCCAAGCUUUACCUGGAUCCAUCACAAGCGGCACCGGUGGUUUACAUUCAGUUGAGUGACGAUUUCCCACCUGCAAUGUGGCUCCCUGUGAAGGGGACGGCUGCCGCCGUUCGUCGCGUCUUGGCAGAGUUUGCCUCCAUCGCCACACUUCAUCGAGACUGGCACCAUGAGGGCUUUGAGGAACGCUUUCGAACCGCCCAGCGUAUGUUGGAGCUUCAACGCAUGCCCUCAAGUGAGGGGGAUAUUCUUCGCUAUAUGUCGUACGACGCGCGCAAUGAGCAGUUUGCCUUUGCCCCUAUUAGAGAGUUCCUCAAUCAACAGGAGUUUUUUCUCGGCGAGCAUGACGACCCUGAACGGCUGAUGGAACACGUCGAUCUCUGCCCCUUUCUGUUUGCGAUUCCACACCUGCGGACGGUGGUGGACCCCCACGCCGAGCACAUGACCCCCACGAUUGAUGGCCCUGGGGUGGCGACGUCGCUCUACCGCUGCGUCUUUUCCAAGGCGCUCUUGUUUGUGCAGGUGCAGCUGUCGGCGGAGGUGAAGCUGCCUCCACAAGACCCUGAGGCGUUUCAGUUUAUGUGGAAAGACUCUCAGGUGGUCCCCAAGAUGCACAUCCCCGUAUUCGUUCGUGUGGUGUGGCCCGAUAACGAACGCAUGUGCGGUGGGGGCCAGUUGGUGCGUCGCUUCAACCGUCUCUUUGGGACGGAGUUCGCCCCCGAUAUCCCUGUUGACGCGGUGAUGGCGCUGCUGUACAUUAUGCAGUGGGCAAAUCAGCUGCCCAACUUUCUGGGUGUGCGUGGAAUGCGGCGGCGCCUGUCCGAGCUAGAGGCGGCGGCGCAGGUGCCUGAGCCAGCCAAGCUCUACCCGGCGACGCGGGAGAUUCCUAACCCAGAGUACACCGUUGCAGAGCGUCUGGGAAUGCAUGUACAGUAUUUGGCGCAUCUCGGUGACCCGGACAUUGCCGCAACGAUUCAGCGACUUCUUCCGGAGGCUUCCGCGGCUGUUCGAAUGGGAUGUGCAAAGGCCGCUCUUAUCGCAGGGGAGCGAGAGCUGUUCCGCCACAUCGUGAGCAGUGAGCCACCAGGUCGUAUGCAGCUUUACAUGACGAAACUCGUAAGAAAGCGUAAGUCACGGGAUUUACUUGACGCUGAGCCGCGUCUACUUGAGGAACAGUACGAGUUUGCAGCCCCACUCUGGACGAAGCGUGGGACACGCAUUGACAAAAACACACUUGAGGGAGCUGUAGACAUGCAGGGAAGAAUCGGUGGGUGA